AUGGAAAUCUUUUCCUCCGAACCAACAACUCUCCUCCUCCUCCUCCUCCUCCUCCUCACCGCCCCCUGCACCACCGCUGACUUAACCUCCCAAGAACUCGAUGCCGCCCUCUUCGCCCUCCGAUCAAAUGGCUACACCCUCUUCCCCAACGCCAUCACCACAUCUGAUCUUCAACCCCGCCUCCUCUCCUCCCAAAACUCUUCUUUCACUUUGUUUUCACCCCCUGAUUCCCUCCUCUUCUCCCUCGACCUCCUCUCCUCCGCCCGCCUCUAUACCUUCUCUCUCCUCUUCCACGUGUCACCACAUUUACUCUUCACGUCAGACCUUCUCUCCCUCCGUCGCCCUUACAUCGAAACCCUCCUCCCUAACCGCCAUCUCUUCGUAGAAAAAACUCAGGUACCCCACAACGGCAGCGUCUUGCCAUCCGUUGCCGUCGACGGGGUCCGCGUCUCGGUCCCGGAUCUUUUCCUGGGGUCAAACAUUGCUGUCCAUGGACUUGAUGGGAUUCUUGUUCCAAGAUACAGGGCCAGGGAUAAUGAUGGUGCCUUCAGUGAGCUAGGGCCUGUUAUGGCUCCUAAAAGUCGGUGUCAAACGUGCAUUUCUCCCGUUAAUCCACCUGAGAGUUUGCCACCAAUGGGGAGUGGGGUGCCCGAGAUGGUGACUGUGGGUACAGGACUCAAGAAAGAUGGAAGGUCUGAUCCGGAUAAUGAUCGCGGCACAAAUAAGGGAUCUAGACACAGUACAUUUUUCCAGUUUAAAAACCUUUUCACUCGGUGA